AGUGCCACAGACUAAAGGAUACAUCCGGUUAUCAGAUAACGGAUGUAUCCUUUAGUCUGUGAUAGUGCUAGGUGCUAGCAUUGUGGAUCCUGAUUUUUUCCUAGACGGGUACCUUCUCCUAUCACUUCAUUCGAGACUGACAAGAGGUUUCGACUUGUCUAACCAAUGACUCGCGAAUAGAGAAAGGGAACUCGUCUACUUAUCCCCAUCUACGAACGGUGCAGCUACCUGUUGGCUCGUAAAAGCAUAAUAAUGUAAAUACGCAGUCUGCUACGAGAACCUGAGCGAGAACGUACGUACUUGUCGCAACUAAAAUGAAGACCGCCAUCAUCAAAACCGCAUCGGCGACGCUGUCCCAGAAGAAGGCGCAGUACAGCUGCGGCACGGCGUUCAAGACGCUCGCCGACAUCCCGACGUGGCCGGCGUACGCGAAAGAAAACAGCUAUUACCUCCAGAAAGUCGCGCUCGCCGAACCGCCGAAGUUUUCCGUCGCCGCCGACCUCAACGACAGGGUGUCCGUCUUCCGCGGCGACAUCACGACGCUCGAGGUCGGCGCGAUCGUCAACGCCGCCAACGCGUCGCUGAUGGGCGGCGGCGGCGUCGACGGCGCGAUACACCGGGCGGCCGGUCGCGAGCUGAAGGCGGAGUGCGCGACUUUGAACGGCUGCGCGACGGGGGAUGCGAAGAUGACCGGCGGCCACCGGCUGCCGGCCGAGCGCGUGCUGCACACCGUCGGUCCGAUUGGCGAGCACGCCGACAAGCUGGAGUCGUGCUACGCGACGUGCCUCGGCCUCGCUCGAGACGCCGGCGCGCGCAGCAUCGCCUUCCCGUGCAUCUCGACGGGCGUCUACGGAUACCCGAACAAGAAGGCGGCGGUGGUCGCCGUGGCGACGGUGCGCGGCUUCCUCGAUCGGCACCCGGACGCGUUCGACAGGGUCAUCUUCUGCCUCUUCCUUUCCGUCGACGUGGAGAUCUACUCGCAGCUGCUGCCGAUCUAUUUUCCGCUGGGGGACGGCGAGGAGGUGAAGAAAGAUUGAGCCUGAUGAGGGGCUUUUGGGAAUCAAGUCUGUGUGAGCGAGGUAACUCCGCUAGAUGUUGCUGCUAGAUCGGUCAAGCUCGGGGUCGUCGCCAGGGAUUGACUAAUGUUGAAGCCCAGUCAUGAAGGCGCGAAGCACCGUAAAGGAGGAGAGUGUGUGAGGGGGGCCUCUCCCAAAAAUUGUUGUACAUGGAAUUCAGGGCGCGACAAACCCGCUUGCCCGGGGCAACCAAAAUUUGCCCCCGGGCAAGUAGCUUGAAAUUGCACUUGCCCGUUCGGGCAAGCAAGUUUUUUUGGUUGAAUGUCUAGUCUAGCCAUAAUGAUAUUUUUUUGUUUCCACUCGUCCCUUGCAUUGUUUUGCACAGACCAACCAACAUCGCGCUGCCUUGCUGCAAAGAGAUUUGAAUGAAAAAACAAUGCGAAUGAAACAAUCGGUGGAUACAGUGAUAUACACAAUAUGUACAGAGUAACGUGUAAACCCGGCCCCUAGGCCAGGCAUAGUUGUUACCUGAUCAGCGUAUAUUUCAAAUGUUUGCCCCUCUACUAUAUACACUAUAUGCUAUAUACUAUAUAGCAUGCACUGCUAUAUUCUCUGCGCUUACGAUCCAGCCCCAAAUAAACGUUAUUUUAUUCAUUUAUUGUGAGUGUGGUGGGUUAUUGAUAAUAAACUGACACUUAAAAAAAAUUUCAAAAUUAAAAACAAACUGCGUGCUGUGUCCCAACAUAAAUAUACUUUGUAUACAAACUCGUAUCAGCUGUUCAGGUGUCGUUAAGUGAAAUGCUGAAUGUUGACUAGUUGGACCUUCAUUUACGUUAUUUACCAUUUAAAUUCAUCUUGUAAUUUUUUUUAUGUAUUUCUUUAUGUUUUUCGGGCAAGUGACUUUUGCCUCCGGGCAACCAGUUUCGUAACCCUGUCGGGCAAGUGGAUAAAAAAUAUUUGUAGCACCCUGGGAAUGAAUGCUACAUGGGAAAUGGUGUACGUUGGCGAGUUUUAAAAUGAAAUUUUAACAUUUGAAACAUGAUAAAAAGUACGUCGAUUGCAACUGUUUCAUUUCACAAUUUAAAAAAAAGGAAAUAUCGGGAACAUCCGGAAAUGAUGUUGAAGCCCGAGCUUGCGGGCCUAAGUCUGGCGACAUGCCUUAAGCUAACCCAGACUGUACGUGUGUCUCGCGCACGUGCAAGUCGGAAUGCCCACUUUGGGGCACUUCGUUGACAAGCGUUGUGUUUUAGAACAUUGUAUUACGACAGUGAUUAACUAUAGAGGUGCCUGUCAAUUAGGCUAAUUGGUUAAUUGCUGUCUUUCAGGCAUGCACUUGUGAUUGAAAUAAUAACAUAUACAUAACGUAAAACAUGCAUGAUCAAUUAGAGAAGUAAAUGUGACAAAAAACUCCAGUAAGCCGAUUUCGCAUUUCGGAAUUGGGCGACCUUAUGGCUGCCAUUCUCUCUGCUUGUGUACAGCCAUCUCUGGUUGUGUGGUGCAGUGCUUGCAUCAUCAUUAUAAUUUGUACAAACGAUGUGAACGUCGGACAAUGAUGCCGUGCCCAUCGGGAAUGUUUUACAUCUUUUUUAUGAAGGUCAAAAACGUACUGCAUGGUAUCCAAAGUAAACGUGUUAUUACAGCAUGAGAGAUGUGUGCUUGGUAGAUUGAAGGCGUGACCUAGCUACGAAGUGAGGUUACCGAGUAUGUGUGGUCACGAUGCAAAAUGCACUCAUUUAUAUAGGUUUUCGCAAUGUAGUAAUGUUUUGUUUGAGGCAUUGCCAGUAAUACAUAUCUAUAGAUUUCGUAUGUACACUGCUGUUUUAGCGCACUUGACUUCAUGAGUUUUGUCAGAAUUUAUCUGCAUCAAAAGUAUGUAUGCAUGAAAAGAUAUCUCAAGGUCAAACGAUUCUUGAGAUGUGAAGUAGGUUUAUGAGGUAAAGAUAGGAGAAAAUCCUGUUUUUUGAGUCCGUGGGCUCUAAUAGUGAAGCAUAUGUGCUCUUAAAAUCUGUUGCUUUGGGUCUAGCAAAGGGACUCGCUGUUAUGCAUUCAAUUAAAAUUAUUUGCAUUUUGACAUGUGCGAGUGUAAUUUUUCAUGACAGUAGUGGUCAAGAGGAUCAGAGAUGUACUAUGCUAUAUUUAAAUAGCAUUGUAUAAAACCAGUACAUACAUAGAUCUAUGUUAUUGUCAAGUGGUUUUUCACGACUGGGAAUAGUAAAUAUUUCUGUAAUGAAGGCGAUGUUCCGAUUCCUUACUGUGCUUGUGUAAAUGUGCGAUGGUUUCCGCAAUGUGUUUCUACACAAAUAUUCUAUAUAACACAUUUAUAGGAAAAUUAAAUAAAAUGCAAGGAGACGACAGAUAUAUCU